GUUGUGCCGAGCUGGCAGGCCGCAACAACAGACACUCCAUUCCACAGUUGGUUGCAGUGCGAGUGCAGUUCACGCCGUCGUGUAGUGUGUGUGUUUUGUGUUAUUCUGCGUUAACAUUUGUCUGGAUUACUAACUAUUGAAUCCAGUUAGAAGUUGUGCGCUAGUAACAGUUGGAGAAAUGUGAAGGAAACCGAUUUAAAAAUAAGUAAUAACGUGAACUUCUGUUGCUUGAAUAUAAUUAUAAAUCUUUUAUUUGAAAGUGCACGUGAAGUUUUAGUUGAAAUUGUUCGUUAUCGGUGCCUAGAAUAAUAGGAAGUGAACGCAAAUCAUGAGUAAGGAUAUAACAUUCUCCGAUUGGUCCGAGAAAUUGGACUCUGGAACCAAUCAUUGGCUGCCAGCUUAUGGAUUUCAACAGCCAAUCCAAUUGCAGGAAGCAUUUCUACAGCAGCAUGAGAGAAACUUGGAUUUAAUCAAUAAUGACACAGUGUCACAGCAGCAGGCGUACUUAUUCCUGGAGACCAUUUUGGAGGAGACAUCGGACGACCUGCGCAGUGAGUCGGACUACUCGGGACCAGCAGGCUGGCCUGACACCGACUCUGAGACCGAGAGUGUCAUCCAUGUUGCACCUCUUGGCGCAGCAGCUUGUGCGGAAUGGGCGGGCUCCGAACGGGACCUGGCCGUGCCGAAGAAACGCCGCCGGCGGCAGCUGAACAACGACCCCGGAGUGCAUGACGAGGAUGACGACGACCUCCUCCACCCGCCUCAUGACGUCCUCUCAUCCCGGUCCAGCAGUUUGCUGCAGUUUGAAACCUUGGAAAGGCACUGCGAAGACAUUUUCAAAACCGAACAACGCUCAUCACCGUCCGUCCACUCCAACCUCAGUUUCGAUUCUCUAGAAAAAGACAGAUGGAGAUAUCGAUCCGGAUCUCAAGACAGUCUAGAAGACGAAGCCUCAAGUAUGACGUCAUCAUGUGAGUCUAGCAGCGAAGUUUCGAGCUCUGACGACGAAGCAUUGAACAGAUCGUUCUCCUCGAGAAGUGGAAGUAGUAGUUUUCGAUCUUCCACUGGUCUUCGAUCCUACCACAGUUUCGACAGUUUAAACUUGUAUCAACAGUAUGACAAACCUGAAGGUUCUCUGUUGAGUGGUGAAUUUUCUCAAAGCCUCAACAACAACUCGUUGCCUGCUGAAGAAACGCAUGAGGCGGCACCGACGUGUACAGCUCGUGGCAUGUAUAAAACCGUUGAAUGUCUCACUGAAAUCCCUGUCCAUGGUUGUGGACGACAAACGAUAACUUCCACGUGUAAAACCGAGGAUUCAUUAGUAAAGAAUGAAGAUAAAACUCCUGCUAAGGGUACCCAGAGAUCGUCGGAGAAUUUGAGUGAGGAUAGUGGAUUCGGCGAGCAUAUACCGAGAGGUUCAUCGAAUAAUCUAUCUGCUCGCUCUGUUAAAGUUUAUCCGAUCGCUGAGGAUGAAUACGAUACUUGUGAUUCUUAUUAUGCCGACAUUAGCCGGGAGUCUAAAGAUGUUACGGGGUGUCAUAGGAAGGAAGAGGAGAGUAUGAGAGAGCAGGAGGUGGUUGGUGUAAUAGAAGAGGAAGAUGAAGAUGAUGAGGGCGAGGACGGGAUGAUCAUAAGGAGAGUAGGAGAGGAUGAUAAACGCGAGUGGAAAAAGUCGUCGUCAAACGGACGGUGUGACGCUGUGGCUAAAUUUAGCGAUAGCGGUGUGUGGCAGAGUGCGCCCGACCUACUGUCAGCCCAGUGCCGGCCCCAACUGUAUGGCGCCCCGUUCGUGUCUACUUCAGCUCUCGUCGUGAACUUUGUGCAGCGCGGUGUCCGAGACGAUGACGAGCCGUCUCUAGUCGAACACGAAUCCAAGCCACUUCUUUCCCCCUCGCCCUCGCCACAAGUAUUAGCUAGUGAUUUGCCCAACAUGGCCUCCCGAUUGCCCGUAGUCAGCACGCCUGACCUGUUUUUGGCGACCCACGACCUCCUUGAGAUUGAAAAACGCAAUACUCUGCUGAAGAACUUCCGCAACUCGACGGUUUCACUGUCAGGAGACGCGCUGUUGGAGAGCGAGCGCAGUAGUGGUCCACCCACGCACAACAAGAAGACAGGCAGUGAGGGCAGGCUGAGCCGCAACUCGAAAGGAGGCUCGCGAGGAAGUAAUAUUAUGAUAACGACCAGUUUUGUGAACCUGACGCCGGGCGGCAGCACAAAGGGCGUGCACUUUUGCCCGGUGGUGUCGGAGGUGAGCUGGAGGGACACCAGCGAAGACAGCUGCUCGUCGCAGGACGAGGCGGAGACCGAGAGCGACCACGUGACCUCAGCAAUCAAGCGGUUCAGUGCUUGUGGUGGUGGAAAGUACGGUACUAGUGGCAGCAGCGUGUCAGUUGCCGUUCAGACAGCCAUGGAGCCGCUCAAUCGGCAUUCACCAAGUGCCAACGAUAACCACAGUGCUUCCAAGUUGCCUCCUAUAAGUGCCUCCUCUAACAAUGCCUCCAGUCAAGUGCCUAAACAGAAGCCGGGUCGGUUCGGCGGCUUUUUCCAGCGUUUCUCUCUGCGACGCCUCAGCGGUAAGAAGGCCAAGGACAAGCGACGCCCGCCGCUAGUGUCGACGUCCGUUAGCACCCAACCGCCCCCAACCACCACCCCCGACUCUGACCAAGUACAGAUCAUUCCCCUGCACCCGCCUCCGCCUCCCUCACCACCACCACACACCACCUCUGUUGCCGCCUCCAAGCCGCCCCUUCCGCGCAGACGCGACUCACCAGUCGGGGGCGGUUCACCAGGGCUCAGUAGUGCCAUGACCACUGCCGCCGCUCGCAACCACCGCGGCCUCCUCGAGACCGACCUCGACUCCGAUCUCACCAAGAAGACCCGCAGCCUGCUCAACCUCGAGGAUGGCAUGAAGCCCUCUCCCUCGCACCACCUGCCGCCUCGUGACGAGCUCACCCGCGAUGCCGAGACUCGUGCCAAAUCCAUGGAGUUCCUGCUCGACAAGGACAACCAAGCUGCUAUUAAGCCGCCGGAGAAUGAGCUGCAGAAGGUGGGCGGCGCAGACCGUGUGAUGUCCGAACACCAGCUGCGCGUGCAGCGUUCGCUGCAGCGACUGAACGUGCCCGACUGGUACAAGAACAGUACUCUGCCGCAACAGGGCUUCCUGCUCAAGAAGAGACACAGCGACGCCGCUUCGACGCUGGGCGGCUGGCAGGGCCUCGGCUCCAAGACCACGUCACUCUCCAGUCUCGGAUCCAGUCAGUCAGCGGUUCCACGUAGUCCAACUGGUGGCGAGGUAGUGAGCCCAAGCCCGACGCCGCACGUGGGCUUUACGCGAUGGAGCACGAGUCGCCUGAACUCAGCUGCCACCUCCACAUCGACGUCACCCUGUGGUUCAGCUCGCUCGUCGUUCAACUGCCGGCAGCCCUACCUCGGCUGGCGAUCGCAGGAGCGGCUCACUCGUCCGCCCCGCACGCCCGCCGAACGCCUUGCCGCCGGCAUUCUCCCACAAAAACCAUCGGCUCAGAACACGCCAAACCUGAACGAGGUGCGGACGUCGAUCAAGGAGGUGACGUCGGCGAUCGUCCACUACGUGUCGGGCACGGGCAGUCGCACCGCAACCGGCGACUCCAACGACAGACUGUCGCCUGCCCUCGGCCGUCACUGGGACCGCGACAACAGCUCAUCCAGGUCGGCUUCGCCACGUGGCAGCACAGGACGUCUAUGCUGGCUGGAGAGCUCGUUUGUGGGCAGCCGCCCCCUCGAAGUGCCAGAGACCCCGCUUGGGCCGCCGACUGCCUCCAACUGCACCAACAAGGGCCACGACCUCUACCUAGAUCUAAGCACCAAUUCCCAGCUGCAGCGACCACAUCUCAAUGGUGAGCUGUUACUCUCUUCACUUUGGCAUCUCAAGAAAGUCACAAACAAUAUAUUUGGAGAUAUGGGUGACCAAGCUGAUGAGGACAGCCUGCUCGACUACCACUCGUCGACACUCGGCCGCACUCGGCCGAGUCCCAGCUCGACCACAAUGGAUGACGUGCUCGACUCACUGCUCGGCCUCCCCUCCACCUCCCGCUCACCCUCCCCCUCUCCCGCCCCCACCACGCGGCGCUCCUGCGGCGACCUGAGGACGCGCUCCGACCUCCCAGAGUCAGCUAGCCAUGGGCCAAACCCCUGCGAGAAGACAACACGACGUGGCAGUGAGGGUGGCAGUGAGUCACGACUGCACGUGAUCCGCGGAGGGCGACGGGUGUCGUUCGACGUGGAGGGGGGCGAGGAGGGGCAGGUGAAGUGUCGCUUCGCCAAGUGCGGCAAGACGGCGUCAGUCGCCGACGCCAAGAACACGUUCAAGACGUGUCACAACUGCGCACACGUCUACUGUUCAAGGGAGUGUCGCCGCGCUCACUGGGAGAAGCACCGCAAGACGUGUCUGCAUUCACGGGUCGGCGCCCUCUGUCGCCGGGUGCUGUCUAGCAUUAAGGACGACUCGGAAACUCUCCACCAUGUCUCAGUUCUGGCUAGAAGAGGCUUUCUGGCUCGCGGACGUGGUGCAGUCAAAUGCUUCUUCUCAAGCCCCGAACAAGCGGAGAAAUUUGUAACGCACGGCUUAACAGAUUUGGGGGAGCCAACGUUUGUGCGAUGGGCUGACCUACUGCCAGGCGAGAUGGGACCAGAACUGUACUCGGAAUUGUUGAAGCUGUGCAAGGCCUACAACCCCGACACGCGGUUCGUGAUCUAUGUGGCGGUGUGUGUCAUCAGCGAGGUGCCCACCACGGGUGCAGUCAAGUGGGAACGACAACUGGUGUCGCGCUGCACCAAAUUCAAACUCAGUCGGCCAUUGUUGGCACCAGCUAAACAACAAUCGGCACAGAAUAUCAGCAGGGACAGUGACGACCCUGAGACGUUGAUCCUGACUUCGUUGCCCGGAUGCCAGGAGCAAGCCAUCCAACGAGCGAGGCAAGUGAGCUUCACUAACAUUCAGCGUCACUUGCGACAGCGAGGCGUCAGCCUGCGCCGUCACUUCCCCGAGGUCUACCAGCGACUGUGUGCCUACGUGGAGGGCUCUUCCGAACGUUUCACCCCCGUCACCAUCUACCCACGUGACUCAGCCACCGGCAAAAGCUUCAUGUGCAUCAUCAUGCCUGACGCCGAACCCGAAAAACUACAACUGCUACCAACCGAUAGCACUCGUGUUCAAACUAUCGAUAUUAGUCUCGAGCCACAACCUCAGGCUAAUUGA